CUUGUAAGAGAAGUGUAUGAAAUAAGUAUAAGAACAACGCUAAGCGUACCAGGCCAGCGCAACAACCGGAGAAAUUACUAAACUACAACUAAAUCUCCUCCACGGCACCCAGCAGAUCAGACGGCUACAUCGAUGUCGACGUCUUCACCCCCUUCCCAUCGGACUGCGGCGUGGGAUCAUACUUUUAUUAUAAUUUAUGUUCUUUAGCUUUCAUAGCUGCCAUACUUGAUGGGUCGCAUAUGAUAGCAGUCCCAGAACUAGUUUUCUACAGCGUGCGGCUCCCGUCAGAAAGACCACCAGCAGGAUCUUUUACCAAAACACAAUCAACACAUACCCGAGGCCAAUCAUCCAGGAAAAUAUUAGUCAGGACUUCAAUAGUUUUUCACUACGACACAGGAACCUACCGUUACUUCCGCGAGUCCAAGUUCGACGAUACUGGUCGCAGAUCGCUCUACUACGAAGUCUACCUCUCUAACUAACAAUAUACAUUCUUCAUUUCGGUUUCCAUAGUGGGCAAAAAGAUUGUGGAAGAUAAUUGCUUCUCCAAGUUACAUUAUUUACUAGAAUGCAAUCUCUAUGAGAGUAUUACUGAUUACUGGGUAUAAUAACUAACUGAAUUAUAGGAUUUUUUACGGAAAAAUGCAAUUAUAUUCACUGACAGUCCCAUAUAUGUUAAGUUGUCUUGUGACCUAAAAUGAUAUAACUUCGACCUACAUUUCUACAAAACUCAUUUAUUAUUUAACUAGUCACGUAACUCUCUUUUUAUUUAAGGCCAUGACAAGUCUAGGUGUAUAAAACAACGAAAAUCGAAAAACUCAUAUCAUUGUUGUAAAUAUGGCAGUACAAGUAUCUUUACUUUUCGCUUUUCUAUUACUUACCAAAAGCAUACUGAGUGACGAAAAAAUUCCUUCUAAGCGACUUAUUAAGUUAAAUGAAGUCAUUACGUCGAGGAUAAAUGAAACUUUGUUAGAGUAUAGCCAUGAGGAUGUUAGCUCGUACUAUAAGAAUCUUGAAGCGGCUUUAAAGCUUCCAAUAACUCAGCUCGAUGAAAAAAUCAUGGCUUACAACGUCUUCGUGUCAAAAAAAUAUAAGGGUUCUUACCUUUAUGAACAAAAUGUGAUUCAGCUCGGAAACGAAUCUUCCUCUCGGGAGAACUAUACUAAGAUUGAAAAAAAACUUCUUAAACUUCUCAUGAAGUUGGGAAUUUAUGAUGACUUUGCUGUUCGUGUGUUUAAAGCAAUUUUUAGUGAUGAGGAACAAUUAAAAAAACUAAAAAUAAAACUUGACGAAUUGGGUGAAGAUGAAAUCAAUUCAGAGAAUGAUUCUUUAUGGGAUUUUAUUUUUUAUUUAUUUUAACAGGCAGUUAUAGAUACUUUAAUGUUGUGUUUAAAUAAAACUUUGAAACUUUGACCCCCAGA